AGAGAUAUGAUGAAGAAUUACUACUUCUCGUCGUGUUUGGUUACAAUACUCAUCAUCACAGCAACGGCAAGCUGCCUAAUGGAAUGGGCAGAUGCGGCGGCUUCAUACAACAUCAACGUGGUCAGCUUUGGUGCAAGAUCCGACGGCAAAACAGAUUCGAGUAAAGCAUUCACCAAGGCCUGGUCAUGGGCCUGCUCUGCAAGGGCGGCCACCGUUACACUCUAUGUUCCAAGGGGGACUUUCGUCCUUAAAAGCCUGGUGUUCAGUGGGCCAUGCAGGAGCAGAAUCGUGUUUCAGAUCGACGGGACUCUUGUGGCUCCUUCCAACUACUGGGACAUGGGUUCCUCCGGUCAUUGGAUCAUGUUCAGUAAGGUCAACAGGAUGUCCCUCCAUGGACCUGGCACUCUUGACGCCAGAGGCCAUGCUUUCUGGGCUUGCCGUAGAUCUUCAAAUGGAAAUUGUCCACCCGGGGCAAGGUCGAUAUCGCUGUCGUGGUGCAGUAACAUAGUGGUGAAUGGGCUAACAUCCAUCAACAGCCAGACAAUACACAUAGCCAUCGACCAUUGCAAGAACGUGGUGCUUCGAAAGGUGAAGAUAAGAGCCCCGAGCUCCAGCCCCAACACCGACGGCAUUCUACUCCAGUCAUCCUCCUCCGUCACCGUCACCCGCUCAACCAUCAUGACCGGAGACGACUGCAUUUCUAUAGGGUCCGGGUGCCGUGACGUGUGGAUAGAGAGAAGCAACUGUGGUCCAGGGCACGGCAUCAGCAUCGGCAGCUUGGGCGACUCAGCCAAGGAAGAAGGGGUCCAAAAUGUGACGGUCACCAGCUGCACCUUCACCAAGACUCAAAACGGCGUGCGCAUAAAAACAUGGGCCCGACCCAGCAACGGCUAUGCCACCAACAUCAACUUCCAAAACCUCAUAAUGAACAACGUCGACAACCCCAUCAUCAUCGACCAGAGUUACUGCCCUGGCGGAGGAGGGUGCCCUCGUCAGAACUCUGGUGUCAAGAUCAGCAAAGUGACGUACAGUAACAUAGUGGGAACGUCGGGAACCAAGGUUGCGGUCAAGUUGGAUUGCAGCCCAAGCAAUCCAUGCUGGGGAAUCAAACUACAGAAUAUUAAACUCAUUUAUCAAAGGAAAUCACCAGCUUCUCUUUGUGCCUAUGCUCGUGGCUCCUCUUCGGGAAUAGUCAUUCCAAGGAGUUGUCUCAAUUCAAAUUAAAAUAAUUAAGAACAUAUAUAUAUUUACAACUUUGUAAGUAAUUAUAAUUAUUAUUGUUUUUUUAAUGUCAACUAGACAUAUUCUAGCUAUAUAAUUAUAAUAAUAAUAAAUUAUGUAUAUGAA